GGUUGGUUGCCAAGAUGGCUGCGGCGGGGUCGCGGCCGCCACCUCCGCCGACGCCCCGCGAGGUCGCCCUCCUCGCCGCUGCCGUCGCCAGAGUCGCCGGGGCCGCUGCGAAGCCAGGACUGCCGCAGCCGAGCCUACGACGCCCGUGACGCGGGGCCUGGGAGACGCGCGGCCCGGAGCGCCGAGGAGAGGACGAGGGAGGCCGAGCGGCCAUGCGGGCGGCGCUGAGGUGAAGGAUGCUGGCGGGCAGGCCCGGAGCCCAGAGCGCAGGCGCGGGCGUGGGCGCCGGACCCCCGGUCGCGCUGGGCGCCCGGGACGGCGGCGGGCGUCCGCGACCCGGCGCUUACUUAGAUAUGAAAAUCCAUCUCGAGAAAAAUUUAGAAGAAGAACGCCAGAUACUACUACAGCAACAAAAACUAUGUCGGAACCGAGCACGUAAAUAUUUCAUGGAGUCAAACCGAAGGAGAAAAGCUUUUGAAGAAAAACGCCAAAAACAAGAGGAAAGAGAAUAUCAAAUUAGAGAACAGAUCCUGCAGCAGAGGAAACAAAAGUUCGAAGAAGUUACUGAAAAAUUUCAGCGUGCCCAUGUUCCUGUUUCUCAGAGAAGGAGAGCAGUUUUUCAAAAUCCAGCUCCUCCGUUAGAAGAAGCCCUGAAACAAAUUCAAGAAUCCAACUUAAAAUCAGAAGUAAACAUUCCUCUUUCCCACAGGACAGCAACAAACUGGCGAGCUAUAGAUUCUACCUUGCGUUCAACGUUGUCAAAAAAUGAUCAUAAACAUCAAAAACAUCUCGUACGCAGAAUUAACCAUAAUAAAGAAAUGAAGGAAAACAACAUAGCAAACCUAGCUACUAGCAAAAAUGUGUUCCAGCUUAAACUGGAGGAGACACAGAAACUCCUAGAGAAUCAACAUUUAAGCGAUUUGCAAAAAUUUUGUGAUGAAGUUAAUCAGAUAACCAAUUCUGAAACUCUCUCAAGUAUAGACAGUCUUGAGGCUGGCGAGCGUGAAGGAAUCUACAUCACCCUCAGUAUGGAGCCUUCCAUGCCAAUCCCGCAGAACUCUGCGCCCCUCAAGUCAGCAAAUCUACAGUCAGCUCAUUUCAACUGCUCUGAUGAAGAUAAACUGUCAUUCUCUAAAACUCAGCAUAUAAACAAUUGGCUUACAAACUUAGAUGCUCAGAAUACUCAGCCUGUUGCAUCUUUUUCAGAUAUUUUAAUUAAAUCUAAUGUUCUGCCCUCAUGGGAAUGUUUGAAUAGUAAAGAACAAAAUCCACCUGCUUUGAGCAGAGCAGUUGGAAGAACCACAAGCACUACUAGUGACCCAGUGGUCUUUGUGUGCAGUCCGUCUGUAGUUGCACUAGAUAGAAAAGGAGAAAGCACUGCUGAAAGUAAUGCUGUGAGAACAGGUGCUCCCAUUGAUGGAGCGUUCCAAAGACAGCGGCCCCUGCGAACUGAGAGCCCAGCAUUUAGAGUUGGUCGAGCCUGGACUACCCCAGAAUCUCUAACCCAGGAAGCAGCUUCGUUUUCCAUCCAAGAGACACCUUCCAAGUUAACUUGGGAAAGCAGAACUGCUUCAAUUCCUGCUUCUUCUGUACUAGUUUUGUCACCUAAUUCACAGUCAGGUGGGCCUUUAGCAGAGAACAACACACAAAUAAAAGAAGUUGACCCCGUGCAGUGUUCUGAUAAGUUAGAUGAAUUGGGAAAUGUGAAACAUGAAAAGAUAAAACAUCUCAACUGCAAUAAAGAAAAGUCUUUAUUUCCAGACAAUUUUCAGACCACCUGUGCAGUUGAAAAUUCUAAUUCAGAUGAUAGAAAACAAAAAGAAAGUGGCCCAUCAGCACCACUAUGUAACAACCCUCCUGACUGUGACUUGCCAGACCAGCACAGCAUGAAACACAGCGUCCAUGAACAAAAUGGGGUGCGGCUGCUUAAGAGUAUAUUAAAGAAAGAAUCCAGAUAUGAACAUAAUUAUUUGAGAACAUUAGUUAUGAAUCAAGGUUUUAAGUUUAGACACCAAAAGGCAGAAACUAUUAGAGAUAGUAUUGAAUUAACAAAACAGAAAGCGAAAAGUACAGAAAUAUCAAAGACUAGUAAAAAACUGCGGUGGUUUGAUGAAAGCACUAACAUAGAAAAUGGUGUAGAUGAUGGCCACCCAGUGAGGAACAGAGCAGGAAUGGCUCCACAGUGGCUACAGCACUGUCACACUAACAGUGGCACCAGCAACCUGGCAAGUUUUCCUGAAUGUCCUGUACAUUCUGGUGGUGCAAAGAAUGCCAAGGCUGAUUCUGUCUCAGAAAAUGUUACUGAUUUAGGAGGAUAUGAAAUGGACAGUGUGCCUUCGAACUCUUCUGUAUCUUUAGGCCAUAGCUUUGCCAAACAAGCCUGGUCGGCCUGCAAAAGAGAAGAAAGCAAAGCCCCUGUACAAGCUAGUGACUCUAAGACUCAUAAGGCUAAGGCUCAGAGAGGAACAAAAUUCACUAGAAGAACAGGGUCUUCAAAGGUCCAGAAAGGCCUUGUACAGAACAGAAAACCCACUGUCAGAUACCCACAGUCUUCAAGCAAAGCCAAUACACUGGCCCAAACUCAGGAUAGACCAGUUAUGCCUCAUUCUUCACCUAAACCACUAACAAACAUUAAAAGUGGUAAAAAUAUGCAAGUGUCUCCAUGUCAGUCAGCCAUACCUGAACAUUCUCAGAAUGUUGUGACACAGAGCUGUUUAAGUUCAGCAUCUGUGCCUCCAACAGAGUACCAUUUGAACCAGGGGACUCAAGAAAGUAGUCUCCCAUUCUCAGACACUUGUUCUAACUUCCCUGCUGUGAGCCCAGCUCUACCAAGUCCUUACUCUUCUGAGUGCCAAACCUCAGCAAAAGCCAUUUCAAAUGGCACAGCUUUCCAGAAAGACGGAGCAGUAUAUUGUACCCAAAGAAAUCCUGUUUUUGAAGAAAGCUACCAGUCUUUGACUCAUAGGAAUACUGAAGAAGAAUCAGUUCUACCAUGGAGAAGAAGAAUCAAUGGACGCCAAAAUGAGAGGGCCACUGAUUCUUCUGUUACAAGAAGAAAGCAAGUUGUUGAAAAUAAAUGGAAAAAACUGUUAGAACAGAAAAGGAAAACCUCUGGAUCUACAGGAAUGAAGUACACUGAGCAAAUAACUCAUUUUGGGCAAAAUGUCCCACCAAGUACAAGUGAACCAAUACAAGCUACAAGAGGUGUCAAGACUGAAGAAGUUUCAGAUAGUACUUCUGAGUUUUUGGUGGCAGAAAGCCUCAUGAAUUCUUCAGUGCCUGAAGAUAAAAUUCUGACUGCCAUAAACAGCAAGCAGCUACAGAAACCAAAUCUGUCCCAACCGUCCAAUAUCUGUGCCCUAUCUGCUGAAGAACAGAAGAUCCUGCAGUCUCUCCAUCACCUCGAUGAAAGGCUAUACUAUGUACAAGAAGCAAUUCGCAAAAACCCUUCCAUCAAAAAUACUUUACAAUUAAUACCACUUCUGAGCUGCCAGCCAAGGGCCAGUCUGUCUCCUGAUGUUGGAUCCACAGUGCAAAGAAAAUACUGAUGAGCUGUGAUAGUCACUACUUAGUGGAAUCAUUAUUUUUGAGAAUUCCUGUAAAUAAGUUCUGUAUUUCUGCAUUUAUUAAUGAUUUAAAAUACUAGACUUUUAUGUUUAUAAAAGUAAAUCAUAAUGUACUUAAUGGAAAUGAAUUUACUAGCUUAUAUUUAUGCUACAAAUUAUACUUUAUUAUGUAUUUUCUUGAUAUAUUUUUAAUGAAUGAAAUAUUUCAUUGUUUUCAAUAAGCAUGCUACUGGA